GCCCCAUCGGCUUGCCAUUGGCGGCGGCCGAGAGGGCGGAAGGGGCGGUCGUCCGCAGGGAGCGUUUCCGGCUGCGUGGUGAGGGCGCGUGCGGCCAUUUCGUCGGGAGCAGCCAUGGUGCAGCUGCACGUGCUGUUCGAGCACGCGGCGGGCUACGCGCUGUUCGCGGCGCGGCCGACGGAGGAGGUGGGGCUGCUGCUGCCGCAGGUCGAGCAGAGCGCGCUGGACCUCGGGCGGUUCCGGGCCCUGGUGCGCCUCGAGGCCUUCUCGCCCUUCCGCUCGGCCCAGGCCGCGCUGGAGAACAUGAACGCCGUCUCGGAGGGGCUCCUGCACGAGGACCUGCGGUUGCUGCUCGAGACCAGCCUGCCGGCCAAGAAGAAGAAGGUACUGUUGGGCGUCGGCGACCCCAAGAUCGGCGCGGCCAUCCAGGAGGAGCUGGGCUACGCGUGCCAGGCGGGCGGCGUCGUGGCCGAGCUCACGCGAGGGAUCCGGCUGCACUUCCACAGCCUGAUCAAGGGCCUGACUGCCCAGGCCGCCUCCAAGGCUCAGCUGGGGCUGGGGCACAGCUACUCCCGCGCCAAGGUGAAGUUUAACGUGAACCGGGUGGACAACAUGAUCAUCCAGUCUAUCAGUCUCUUGGACCAGCUGGACAAGGACAUCAACACCUUCUCCAUGCGGGUCAGGGAAUGGUACGGCUACCACUUUCCAGAGCUGAUCAAGAUCGUGAGCGACAGCUAUACCUACUGCCGCUUGGCCAAGCUGAUCGGUAAUCGCAAGGAGCUGAGCGAGGAGAGUCUGGAGGGGCUGGAGGAAAUUGUCAUGGACAGCGCCAAGGCUCAGGCCAUCCUGGACGCCUCCCGCUCUUCGAUGGGAAUGGACAUUUCUCCUAUUGAUCUCAUUAACAUUGAGAGCUUCUCCAGCCGGGUUAUCUCCCUUUCUGAAUAUCGCAAAGGUUUGCAGGAGUACCUUCGCUCCAAAAUGAACCAGGUGGCUCCUAGUCUCUCAGCCUUAAUCGGAGAAGUGGUGGGUGCCCGUCUUAUCUCCCAUGCAGGCAGUCUGACCAACCUGGCCAAGUAUCCAGCCUCAACAGUCCAGAUUUUGGGGGCAGAGAAGGCCCUCUUCAGGGCCCUGAAGACCCGGGGAAACACUCCCAAAUACGGCUUGAUAUUUCACUCUACCUUUAUUGGGCGAGCAGCAGCCAAGAACAAGGGGCGCAUCUCCCGCUACUUGGCCAACAAGUGCACCAUUGCGUCCCGCAUUGACUGCUUCUCAGAAGUCCCAACCCCCGUCUUUGGAGACAAGUUGCGAGAACAGGUGGAGGAACGCCUGGCCUUCUACGAAACCGGGGAGACCCCUCGCAAGAACCUGGACGUCAUGAAAGAGGCUGCUGUGGAGGCAUCAGAAGCAGCAGCCGAAAUCAAAAGGAAGCUGGAGAAGAAGCAGAAGAAGAAGCUGAAGCAGGAGAAGAAGCGCCUGGAGGCUUUGGCAGCAGCUGCAGCAGCAGCAGAGAUGGAGAACCCCGUCCUUGAGUCUCCAGGAGAGGAAAACAAGGUUGAGCCCAAGAAGAAGAAACGGAAGCCCCAGGAGGAGGAGCCCAUCGACAAUGGUUUGGCGGACAAAGCGCCUUUGCCGAAGAAGAAGAAGGUGCAGCAGCUGCAGCUGGCUGCGGCAGUGGAGCCUGCAGCCAAGGGGAAGAGGACGAAAAAGAAAAAAUCGGGGAUGGAAGGGGAGGAAGACUAGCACACAGCGUGGAGGAGCCCAGCCUGAUGGCGAGGCCAUUCAGUUUUGCUUGUUUGAACACAGCUCUGCGGCAUGCUUUUCCACAGCCCAGCGCUCUCGAGGCAACAAGACCAGAGGCCCAGCGGGCAGAGCAGCAAACGGAGAUCUGGUGCAAGAUGUUUGGUGUCGGCACCAGGGCUUCGUUGCUCCAAGAGGGGAAAGGCAGCCAUUAACGCGCUGUGCUGCUUCUGAAAGGCAGAGGGAAGCUCAGCAGCUUCUAUCAGAGGUUCUUUGGAGGAGAAGCGGGUCAGGCCAUGCCCGCCCAAGUGACCCCUGUGCUGCCCCAUCAGUGGGGUGGGGGUUAGCAGAAGCCACUUCUGCUGCAGAAGCUGGACUAUAAACCUGAGCUGUCCUUAACUUGCCAGGAAUAAUAAAAUGUACUGCUUUUCUAUAUGGCA